AGUUGAAAUCUUGGUCUCGCUGAACCGUCAUCUCGUUCCGCAGCAUUCUAUUUAACAGCAUCUUUAGCGCAUAUUCCGGUCGGGAGUAGAAGCGUUUGUCGAAGUUUUGUUAAAUUUUUGCGCUGUUUUUGGUGCCGCCAAAGUUUUUUUGUGUAUCUUUUAUUGGACAAAAAAUUGAUUAUUUGUUAUUGACUUUGUACGGUGAAGUUAUGAUACAACACUAAGCAGGAUGUUGAAAGAUGAAGCAAUGUUAACAAUACUUCUGAUUUUUUGCCUAGACUUGGCCAGCAGCCUCUACCUGUCCCACUCCAGAGUCAAUAUUGAGCCAGGAAAAAGUUUGGCCAUUUCUUGUAGAGAUAGAGGAGGAGAACCGGUCAUGUGGAAAGGUCCCAAAGGGACCCUUAGCGCUAAUACGAAGCCCAAAAUUCAGGACACUUCUAUAGGGAAACUGUUAGUUUUCACUUCCCUGAGGAUACAGGAUACGGGAAAUUACACUUGUAGUUUAAUCAAUAAUAAUAGGAACGACUACAGUAUAUUUUCAUUAACUGUAGAAGAAUCUCAUAAAAAACAAGAUUCUUCAGAAACAUCAGAUAUAGAAUCAUAUUUAAAUAUAAACUUAGAAUCAGAUACAGAACCAGAAACUCCUUCCCCUACUAUUCAUAGGAGAAUUCAUAAACAACAUAAAACCAAAUAUAGAAAUUAUGAGACAACCACGCAAGACACUCACACAACUGAUAAUAGCGAAACAAGUACUAUUGAACACUCACACACACCCUCUCACUCUGGACGUACACCUACAUACGAUGUAACUGAAGAGCCAAUAGAAUUCAAAGACACGCCGGAAAUUCAAAGAGGAAGGGAAGGCGAAAAUGUAACUUUACGAUGCGAGGUAAACAGACCAUACAAAAUCAGUUGGUUGUUAGACAAGACCAAAGACAAUUUGGGCAGCAAGUAUAUAGUUAUUGGGGAUGGUUUGUUAAUUGUGAAUGUCAGUAGACAAGAUAACAGAGUGUUUAUUUGCGAAGCUCAUAAAUACUCAAUAGGACAAGUUAUUUACAAGAAGAUCAAAUUCAUCGUAGAACAUAAACCUGUUCCUGUGACUAUUCCAAGAGAUCCAGAAUCAACAGCUGACACUCCCGUGUAUGCACAAGACGAGGAAGUGUAUGGAUUUAUAGGAGAAUAUGUGAAUUUGACAUGCGAAGUUGAAGCUGAACCACCACCGAAAUUCGAAUGGAAAGGUAUGAGUACAAAACAAGGACGCAAUUAUAUUGGGAGGAUUAUUAAUGUUGGCACUCAUAAAUCACUUCUGCAGUUAAAAAUGACAAGUGAAACACCAGAUCGUUACGAAUGUACAGCAACAAAUAAAUAUGGUAAACUCAAGAAGUUUAUCAAUUUACAAAUUGGUAUAAGACCUAAUCCACCUGAAAGUAUUGAACUAAUAAAAGCCGAGCCGCAUUCUCUGGAAUUGAAAGUAGAAAUUCCAGAAGCAACUGAGGAACAAAUCGGAUAUAAUAUGGAACCCAAAUGGCUGAGCAUCUUCUAUAGAAUGGAAACUGGAGAAGAUUGGGAUGAACAAGAUUUCAACAUCACUUUAGAUACAUUUCUCCUGACUGAACUCAACUCAAGUACGAAAUAUGAAAUCGUUUCGGCAACAAAAAACGUCGCUGGAUUGAGUUCUCUUUCAAACGCCACCUUCUUCGAAACCACCGCCGGUUGUGUUCAAAUAAGUAAACCAACAUUUUUCAGUCUAGUUAUGAUAAAUACGUUAAUUCUGUUCACGUCCAUACUAGCUUAAAAAUAUCUGUGAAAUGUUAGGUAUUAUAUGAAAAAUAUUCCAUUGUAGUUUAUCGAUUUCACACUGUAGGCCAGUCCGUUGAAGUAUAGAAAAGGAAUAAUCAACAGUUAUUCAGAACAAAAAAUUUAAAAUUGGACAUCCAGCAGGAAUAACAUGGAAAGAUUAUAUAGAUAUAUCGAAUAACAAAUUAUUCAGUCACUAUUACUUUACAAAAUUCUUCCCAUUUCUUUCGAUCUUUUGUUUGUGGUAGUACUUUAUCUAAUUUCUUCCCUCUGUUCUCAAUCCCUUCAUCGAUUUCGUCCAUCCAGGUAUUCCUCUGUUUCUCGCUCUUAGUGUUCUGGAUUCUAAUACCUAAUCUUUUCGUAAUGCCUUCUUCACUUAUCCUUUUCACUUCACCAUCUCAGUUUAUUUUAUUCUUUGUAUUCUUUGUAUUGCUCUAAAAGUUUUGUAUAUAAUAUUUAUCUGUAUGAUUUGUUUUUGAUGGGGAAUCUCAUUUCCGUUUUUUGUAUUAUUUCUCUGUGUCUUUCGGUCAUUGUCGAUGUUUUAGAACCAUAUCUUAGUAUGGGUAUAACUACUCUUUCAUAAAUUGCGUUUGCUGUUAUUUUAUUAUCUAAUUUUUCAUCUCCUACUUCUAUUGAGCCAAGGUAUUUGAAAAUUUCCAUUUGUCUAUUCUCAGUAUUGAUGUCAAGUGUCUUUGUUUCUGUUGUCAUUAUCAUCGAUUUUAUCAUUGUUUAUGUUUAUACUGUAUUUUUUGAUUGUACAAUUAGAGAUUUUGGUUUAGUAUUUCCUCUUCCUUUGUAAAUAUAACCACGUCAUUAGCGUAGCAUAUUUCUGUUAAAGUAAUUUUGUCCAUUUUUCACUUUUUAUAGUUUCCUAGACUGGUUUUUAAUUUCGUUUAUAUCCUCAUUAAGGAUUAUUGUAUAUAGCGAUGGACUUAAUAUCGUCGACUUGAGUUGCUAGGGGACUAAGUUUGAAUUAAAAGGUAUUGAAUUAUAAGAAUGCACAAGUAUUUUCAGUUUUAUUUAAAUGUUUGACGAACUAUAUACGUGGCUUAUGCGUUCAUAUUAUAAAUAAUGUAAUUUUCCAUUUCUUCAAACAAUUGCAAUGAGACUCAUGUCAACAUAUUUUCAUAUAAAAUACUUCCUGAGUGAAGUAGGAAAAAUUGCUUCCCAUUUAGAGUCUUAGAGCUAAAUAAUUGCUUAGAAAUAACGAUAAAAAUGUGAUAUUUUUCAAGCAAGUUCUUGAUAAUGAAGAAAGGGUGGUUUUACAUAGUUCGCUUAACCCCAAAUUUAGUAGAUCAAAGUUGAAGCGAAAAUACUUUUUCAACAAUCCACCGUUUUCACAGUAAUCAUUUUUAUUGUCAUUUUACUAUUUAAUAUCUACAAUGUUUAUAAUGACAAUUCACUUUCAUGAGUCGAGUUAAUUUUUGGAGUCAAAUUGUUGAGAUCGAAAUUAAUCAAUAUUCUUGUUCGUUAUCCAACGAACUUCAAUUAAAAUUUGGAAUUGAAAAAGAUGAUUAUUCCUAUGAGAUAUCAACGAACUGGCCUAAACCUUAAUGGCCCGAUAAAAAAAGGAGGACAAAAAUAAUAUAUUUCAAAAGGUGUCACGUCCAGAAGUUUAUUUGUUGGAUUCAGUACUGCUUAGUGGUUGAUUUAAUUGAAAGACUAGCUAACCGUGGAAUUUAAUGGAAGUCAAAUUUGAAACUAACGACAUUUUAAAAGCAUUUCUUAUAUUUCUGAAAAAUAAUUUAAUUUGAAUACAAUGUUCUUUUGUCAUACGUCAAGAUAGAAUAAAAUAAAGAAUAAUAAUUCUUUGUAGAAUAAGUACAGAGUAGUUUACGAUAACAGAAACGUGCUGUUCAAUGGUGACUUAUCCAAAAUUGAGGGUUUUUGAGAAAUAUCAACUUGACAAUAAUCUUAUUUCGAUUUAAAUCUCUUUCCGAUUAUUUUUUUAUACUGAAUUUCAUUCCACGUAGUUUCCUGUACUAUAUUUUAGUGAAAAGGAAUGAAUUCUGUAAAUUGCUUACACAUAAUGUUUUAUCCGAAAACUUCAAGGGAUUGAAGCUUGUUAAUAUGGAUAUGUGCUAUCGGAAACUGCACAAGAAGUGGUCUACAAAUAAUAAAUCGGUCGAUCUUGCCGGUCUGUGCUAAUCCCCAAACCAGGAUAUUAGAUGAACCAGAAAUGCAUCCAUCAGAAAAUAGGUUAUAGAUCGUGCAAUAGGAUUCACUUAUUAGAAUCACAUAAUCCCGAUUUCAAAUUCAUCCACUCGAGUAGCAAAAAGUCUUAGCGAUUGAAAUCCACUAUAGUGAUUUAUGCCACUGGGUUUUCGAAAAAAAAUCAGGCUUGGUAACAUAGUAACUUUGAACAGGUAUAAUGAGUCGUCAAGGGUUUCAAAUGAUUCAUGAAUUUAUUCACAUAGAUUAGGAUAUUCAGUCUCUCCACAGUUCUCUGAAGACUACGAAAAGAGCUUACAGUCCAAUCUCAGUGCAAGAGACAUUGUUAAAAUUUUCAAGCAGUGAAAUCACAAAAUUUUAGUAGUAUCUUAGUAUCUUUUGGAAAACUUUAUAUUAGUCAGUUAUAUAAAUACCAAAUUUUUGAAUACACCAAAAUUUUUAAGUUAUAUUUGUCUCUCUUAUAAACCUUAUUAUUAUUUACAAAACAACUGAAAACUCAUACAGCAGCCACGUUACGUGUUACGAAGCUUCUAAGUUUCGAGUACAGAAAGAAAUCGCAGGGCGAUAGAUCCGGAAAUUAGGGUAUCUAUGGUGUAUGGAAUCUUUAUGCAGCAUGAAAACUAUUAAGUGGCAGUGUACAUUAUCAUGAUGUAGCACUCAAUUGUCCAUGCUAUCUGGGCGCACUCUGUUGAUCCUUCUUCAUAGUUUAUGAAGUACUUAGAGAUAGAAUUCGCUCUAUAGGCGGUUUAUCCAGUUGGAAAGAACUAGAUAUGUACCACCCUACGGCUGUCAAAGAAUCAGAUAAGCAUUGUUUUGACUUUCGAAUUAUUUAUGCCAUGUUUUUUGGUGAUGUAUAAUUUUGGUAUAUUCAUUGUGACUCUGACGCUUCGUAAUCAAAAAGAGGUAUAUUGAAAAAAGAAAAUAACUCACUUCAUUGUACGUGGAUCUGGAAUUGGGACUGAAGAAGGAGGUAAAUAGGGGAUGAAUAAAGCCAAUUGAAACAUAUGGAUUAUACAAUAUAAAGUCAAACAUACUGAGUCAGGAAUCUACACGAACCAAGUGGGAAGUUAUUUUUGUCUUGCGUGAAAAUUUAAAUUGUUCUUUUUGGAUAAGCAAGAGUUCUUUUCCAGUUUUUUCCAGAAAUUUAAUGGAAAUAUUCAUCAAUUGUUUUAACGGUUUGAUAAUGUUAUGAAGAGUACAAAAUAACCGAUAUUGUAAUUGCAGUUUCCCAACUAGAAAAAUUGCUAAAAAGAGUAUAUUAUUACUGUUCUCCUUUCUUCAACUACAUUCAGUUGUAAAAAUCUGAAAAAAAAUGAUAAAUGUUAAUUAUUAUAUAGGAGAAUCUCAACAGCUUAUAAGUCAAUAAUGAAGAAUUUAAACAUGACCAUUGCGGUUGAAGGUUAGAGGAGUUUCUGUAUAAAAAUUUCAAUUGCUAGUACUUCUGAAAAAUAAAGACUGAAUGAGCAAACACUACCGAAGUAAGCAACAAUAGUCUUAUUACUUAGACUGUGUUAAACUACAAGUUUCAAAGAAUAAUAUAAUUUAUACAAGUACAUGAUUUUUAUUGUGAAAAUAUGUGAUAAUCUUUUUCGAAAAAUGGGGAUUAUACUGAUUGAAUUAAAUGUGGAUUUGUGAUGUAAUCAGUGGAAACAUGUCGGUUAUGGUUGAAAAUUAUGAGACGGUUAUUAUUACUGGGAAUCAUUGUAAAUACGAAUGCAGUACUGUUUUUUCCGUUUCAAUUAACUGCAAGUGAAGACUAGUCAGACCAAACCUUUUGUAGCUUAAAACAGUCGAGAAAUAUUUUAGAUCGUACUAUCCCAGCUCUUGAUGUAUGCUAACAAAUAAUGAACCAUGUUUAUUAACUGCUUUUGAAUAUAAAUAUGGUCGAAACGACCUAAAAACAAUCGAGUGUAAUAUUCGUACUAAAAUUUAUAUCAAUUAACAAACUGUAAAGUGUUCCAUGAAGAUUAUUUCACUUGUAUAAAAGUCACUCUGAUUUUUUUGCGCGAAAUUUGAUAGGCUUAACAACGACAUUACCAUAGAUAGUUUGGAAACUACCAAAGAAAUUUCAAUCAUAACAAAAAAUAGUUUUCUCAUCAAAUUCCUUUUUAUUCAACGAAUUUUCUCUGAAAAAUAGUCCAAUGCGCUUUAAACCCAUGGCAUUUGUAUAAAUCAAAUCCAUUUUGGUUACAACUGUUCUUGGAUUACUUAUCGGAUCUCAAAGCAUCCAGGCCAAAUCUGGACAAUAUGGUGGAUGCGAAGAAACUCGAGGUUCAAUGCAUCAUUUCUAUAGAUUUUCACUGUUUUCUUCUACAUAUAGGUCCGUUUUUUUCUACAACCAGUCCAAUAAUUAUAUAGUUAUAGUCACUAUUAAUCAAUUUUCAUUAGUGGAACACUUUGCAAGUAUUGUCCUGGCGUGCUUGUAAAUUCGGCUCAAUGUUUUGUAAAUAAAUAGCUUCAAUAUUAAAUAAUUUGCGGUAGAUGGCGUAUGAGAAGAUACCGGGCAAUAUUGUCCAAUGAAAUACCUGUUCAACCAAUAGAUAUUUAAUAAGUGGAUUACUUAAAAGAAAGAAGUCAAUGAGAUUUGAAUUAUAUUAGUGUUUUAUUCGUGGUAUUUUAUUUUAUGUGUUUAUAUUUUAUGAUAGUUAUUCCGAUGUAAAUGAUCUAUUAUGCUGAAUUUAAAAGAAUUAUAUGUAUAAUAUGAAUAUAAUAGCGUUAAAGUGAAAUUUUUUCAUAAAUUAAAAUAAUCAAAGUUGAAGUUAAUCUUAUUUUUUUCAUUAUUAAUAGUUGCUAGAAAAUGAGUUUCAAGAAACCGGUAAAAAUUGAUGCUUAACCUACAUGGGUCUUUAUAAAAAUCAAGUUGUUUUAUCAAGGAAAAUAUAUUAAAGGUAUACGACGUAAAAAGUUGAGAAAAUCCUGUGUUUUAUUGACAACACAUGACAAUUUUUUGUUCACUAGAAAAUCUUAUGAAUAUAUUAAAUAAAAACGUAAUUUUCAAUCAAGUAUUUUUUUAUAAUUAGAACUUUUGAAUUUCAAUGUGUUGGAAAAGUAUCUUUCAUUGAUUCUGGUCAGGUCCACAAUCAUACGAUACGAAAAACGAUAGAAAAGAUAGAAACUUGAUUAUAUACAUCUGAAAGAGGGACUGAAUUCAUAUUUUUCUACAUCGUCGCUGAAGGAAUUCAGGCAUCUACCAUAUCAGUGGAUAUUGAUAAAAAUAUUUCAGGUGAUAUUGAUAAAAUCUGCAGAAAAAAAUAUGCAGAACAGCAAAAACAACACGCAAAUUGUGUAACCAAGAAAUUUGGAAAAACGUGAAAAUUGAGAAAACAAAAAUUGUACUAUGUCGGGAAGACCAGCAGAUGAAUAAUGAAAAUGACAUCUUGAAAAAUGAAAUAUAUGGUGAAGUGGGCAAGAAAACCUUUAUUGAGUUGUUAUAAAACGUACAAAGAGAAAACCAAAUAGAUUAUAUUGAAAGAAAAGGUCGAAAACUUCUAAUCCAAGAAAAUAUGAUAGGAACCUUUUGAGAAGUAUCUGAAUUCAGAAAUAACGACCCACUAACUAAAGGAAAUAUGUUAAGAAGACACUAUCAAUAUAGUAACUGCAAAAACUCACAAAUCUAGAACUUAAAGCAACUGACUAAAACAGAGAAAUGCUUCAGAUAGAUUAUGAUACCAAGAACUCUCAAUAGUUUCCCUAUAUUGCAAAUACUUAUAGUCAAAUCUAUGGAAAAGAGGAGUGAACCAGAGUUUGAACUGCGCAAUGUGAAGAAUAUACUAAAAUUUAUAGAUAAAACCAAAACUUACAAGAGUUUACUACAGAAGAAGGUUUGGUGUAAGAGUUUUAAGUUUCGUGUAUAAAAAAAAGUGACAACAGAAACCCAAUUAGAACCUAAAGCAUAGACCAAGGCUAUAGUGAAGCAGAUUGUACAUCUGAAAAGUGGAUCUUUGCGAAAGAAAUCUAGAAAACGUGAGGAAAACAAAGUAAUAUUGAUAGAACAGAAAAAUAAAACCCUUGAAAUAUAACUAAACGUAAAACAAGUACUGCAAUUCGAACAAUUGAUCAUUUCAUCUCGAAAUUUCAUAAUCGUCCCAAAUAUUAUAUAAAUAGGAUAUUUUGAAGAUGAACCAUCAAGCUCAAUACCAACACUUAUAAUGGGGAGUCAAUGGUCCCUCUGCAGUACUCUUUGUCUCAAUCAAGCGCAUGGAGGUUUCCAAUAUUGGAAAAUCCUCCUGGCAUCGCUCUAUUUGAAGUAAAAUGUUUCCAUUAGGUCAAAUUUCAGGAUUUUUCUCUUGGGUGUAGUUUCCUAUAUUCCUGAACAUCAAGCUAAUAAAUCUAUAGUUUUUACUAGAUUAUCAAAUGCAUUGUUUCUAGCUUAUCAUAGAUCAUUAAUCAGAAUUCCUCUUCAUGAACUUUAUGACCAAGAAGAAUGUUUUAUUAUAAGCCGUUGAUCAGCAAGCGUGUUUAUUGAACUAUACCAAUUUUUUCGAAACUUGAAAGUUACUUCAACUUUGAUUACUUGGAAAAUUGAAAACUACUGUCUAUUUAAUGAGAUAUCAUGUUCAUACUUUAGUAUUUCUUUUACCUAAAACACAAACUAAAAAUGAAGUUUCCCAACUGUUUCUAUUCCAUUUCAUUAUUCAUUUUCUUUUGCUCCAUAAUAAAAACUGGAAUUAUAUUGAUGAAAAAUCGAAAAUAACUUCAUUAAAUGGAUGGUAAUAUCAAUAAUUGUAGUGUAAUCUACUUGUUAUUUUUUAAUUGUUGAAAAUAAAAUAUUUUUACUGUCA